UCUUAUCACUUCGUUUUGAGUGUUCGUGAUCAACUCUAAUGACCAACACAAAUAACAACUGAAAAACGAAAUCACCCCACCAUCCACAUAAUAUAAUAAUACGAUACCAUAGGUUUGAGGAAACCUAGCCAACUAUAACAUCGUGACCCACCACCACUCUGCGAUACUGCGUACACUUGAGGUCUCACAAAUUAAAAUCGAAAAGGAUUUAGCGGGUCGGAACAGCGACGACGGGUGCCGCUGAUAUCUUUUUCAGGACAACUCAACGCACACCAUACGAUAUCGCUCUUCUUCUCACUCUUGAUUUAAUAGUGAUCGGGAUCUAUUCCUUUGUGUUCAAGGUAAGAAAUAGUUCACGUGACGUGAUAAGAUUUGUAUUUUAUUGUUCAAUUUCCAAUUGUGGGUCGAAUUGUUGCCGUGUUUAUAGUGUGAGAGUUCAACACAGCACAACACAGCACAACAAAACACAACGAAACAGAAACUCUUUUUCUCUAUCGUAGUCUACACUAAAACCGGAGUACACUUCGAUUUCAUCUGUCUAAAGUUCUGCAGAUUGUCCCACACCCCACACACCCAACCACAACUCUAUUGUGAUCUCCGAUCAUUAUUGAUCCCCGGCAAUCUCAUCGAUUUUUAAUUUUUAUUCUUUGCCACAAACAACUCCUCUAUGAAAUAAAAUAAUAUGGUAUCGAAAUGAAUUGAAAGAAGGGCAACCGAAUCAAAUUGAACUUGCCCGGAACAUCCAAGCAAAUGAUUUUUCUCCUUGAUAAACUAUACACAAAAGUACAUCCGCACAAAACAAGACAAUAAAAAGACAAAACAUAACAACACGAAACAAUACAAUAUCCGCCAUGCCCAUCGGAAGAGGAUUGCCCACCCGAAAGUCGGCCCCGGGCAAAGCGAAGUCAUCUUUGUCCGCUGCUACUACCGGGAGCCGAAGGAGAAGCCGUGGCCUUCCGCUUACGGGUGGCGGGGCGUCUUCUUCCGAGGCGGCUUCGAGCGCGAGAUCUUCGUCGCCAUCGUUGUCCAACUCGCGAUCGAGAUCUCCCUCGUCGGCUCGGCCUUCUGCGGCGUCCUCGUCGUCGCUGUCAUCGAAGAAGAAAAAGAAGAGCACUUCCAAAGCCGGUGGCAGCAGCCACAGCAACAGCAGUGCGAGUAGCAAGGGAGCAAGAAACCCCGUCAAGACAGAACCGGGCCUAUCGUCCUCGUCGAGCCAAAGGCAGAGGCAAACAGCGCAAGAAGAGCACGACACGCAAGCCCACCAAUUACAGGUUCUGGAGGCAAAAUUGGACAAGAAAAGUGCAGUCAAAUUUAGCGGUGGCAAUCGACGAACCCAAGGAUCGUCUUCGAAUGUUUGGGCCGUCAAACUGAUUGUCAAUGGCAAGGUCUUUGACAAUAAUCAUAGCAGUGUCAAUCGCAGAGCAAACUUUUCUAUCGGACGAAAUGGUGGAGAUGAAACGUCGACUUCGUUGUUAUCUCGAGCGAAUCAAAAGGAGGACGAAUAUCAUGACGAUGAAGAAGAACAGCAACAAAAUCUACAAGAACAGGAACCAUAUCGCCCGAGACGAUUUCGCGAUGUUUCUUCAGAUCAGUCCAACAGCUCCGAAUCACUUUCAAAACACAAGGGCAAGGAUGGGAAUUUCCAUUACUGCAACAUAUGCGGAGAGGUUGGAGACGUGGUGUGCUGCGAUGGUUGUCCACACGUGUACCACCCGCAGUGUCUCCCGGCAGAUUCGGAAUCCUUUGCUGCUCUAGAUACGCAACACGACGAUGAUCCUUGGUAUUGUCCGGACUGUUUUUCUAGCAAGAAGAAGAGAAAGAGAAAGGGCUCCAUUAGUAAUAGUGGUGCCAACAGUAGAGGUGGAGCUGGAAGCGAAACCAUGUCACCAUACCGGCAGCAACGACCCAAGCGCAAGUGCUCCUACGACGCCGAUGCCUUUGUGCAAGAUGAUAGCAGCGACGAAAGUGACAACAGGAAAAAUAAAUAUGGUAAAGAUGGAUUAUUGCUAGAUGAGGACGGCGAUCCUGUCGCGGUGGACAUCGCCGAGGACGAUGCCUACGACGAGGAAGACGCAGAAAUCAGCGAGGCCAUGGAAUCUCCAUCCUCCACCACUUCCUACCCCAAAUCAAAAAUCUCAACGCCCUCUAAAAGCAGCCGUGGAUCGAGCACUUCGGGCAAGACGACAGCCCCCAAGAACAGCUCAUCACCAUCGCUGUCUUCGUCUGGUGUCUUGUCGUCUGCAUCCAAGAAGAAAUCCAACAGCAAUAAGAAACAGAAAACCACCGGCGCCACCAGCAGGAGCCGGUCCGCCAGUCCGGUCCGCUCACGUGCGGCUUCACCAACGCUGUCUUCCCGCAUCGAAUCUUCCAGUAGUGAUAUGAAGAAAAAAGACAAGAAGAAAAAGAAAAAGAAGAGAAAGAAGGAACAUUCCGAUGGAACUGCCAGAUCUAAUUCUGGCGGGAGUCGUGCCGACGGAAACGACCGAAAAACGAGGAACGACAAGAGCGAUGGCGAGAGGGGUGGUGGAAUGUUAUCCCACGUAUUGAACAACAAUGCUUCUGGAUUGGUCAAAGCCGUCCCAGCGUUCUACUUUUUCUUGAAUGAAAAUCGUAACAAAAUCGAUCGCAACUUGUCUCGCAAGCACAGAUAUUUCAACCGUCUGCCCAAGGCGAAUAUGGAACGGAACCAGUUGAUUGCGAAAGAAGGAAUUAUAAUGUGGGGAAAACUUAGCGACCUGGAAGUGAAACGAUACAUUGAUAUCUCGAUGAAAGAUUUCGAACGUCGCAUUAUGGAAUGGAAAGAAGCGAAAAUUCUUCGGAGCAUGUUUUUGGCGGCAGAGGGCGACGGCGGCGACGCUUCUAGCGGAGAACAGCAGCAGCAACAGUCACGAGAGGUCGAUCGUAACUUGUUGCUAGAAGACGAACGAUUAACUCGAGAAAAUCAUCAGCGAUUGUAUCUCGGAACCACGGUCGGUUAUAAACCAUACAAACCCGACUUGGAAGAAAGCAACAAUCGAAUAUUGUUAGAAUUGCUGCAAGACACGAGAUUUCACCCUCUGCCAAUGAUUCAAUCCAAUCGGCCGGCGCAAGAAUAUGGAGAAAUGGACUUUGAUCGGAUCACCAUUCCCUACUUUGAUGUCAAUGGCCCAGUAUCUACCUGCUUGGGAGACGAAUGUCUAGGAUGUGCUCGUGGGUGGAACCAUUUUUGCAACGUAUUGAAACGAAAAAUUCCUGCCGUUGCCCGAAGGGCAAAAUUGCAGCCUCCACUUAGUUCCCUUGUUGCGACUAGAAUAGGACUGGGAUUAAAGAAUCCCCUGCUUACCGAAGAUAACCAAGACGAAGAGAACGGAGGAGAGAAGAAAAACGGGGCUUCUCCGAUCAGGAACAUCAACGGCGGGAUUAAGAAGAGCAGUGACGAAAACGUGGAAACCUUCACCGCAAGGGAUAUUCCCAGUGCAGCAGCUGCAAAAGCUCUUCCACAUUAUCCUUGGGAAUCACUUACAGCUCCAACAGAAAGAGCUGACGAUGUGGUAAGAUUCGUCGAAGAAGCUGUUUGCAUGAAAAUUCCGGAACCUCAUAGGCCCAGGGGAGGCGACUACGACAGCGAUGGGUUCGACGAGAAUAAAAAGAAGGCACAUUUCAGCCCUACAAACAAAACAAUUAGAUUCAAUCUACCUCUUAGAAAGGAGCGGAGGCGGCGUUUGGAUGAUUUCGGUAAUAGUUCUGUUGCUGAAGACGAGGAUAACGAAGAAAUUACGGUGAACAAAUGCGGACGCUGUCGAACUAUCAUUGAAGGUGAUACAGGAUGCGUGCCCUGCCGACGGGCUCAGCUAGUUAUCAACAUGUCCAGGGGAGAAGGCCAGGCCGACGAAAGUGAAGCAUCAAGAAUGCUUCGAAUCCAGACGAAUAUGCUCGGGCGGGUUGUGAUGCGAGAUAGUGAAGUGGAAUCACAAGAACAGGGCGACGAGGCAGUCUCCAACUAUAUUCUGCGCCAAAGAUGGACUCCAUUCACUAUUCUUCCACCGUCAACCCUUACUUCGCCAAUGCUCCGAGAAGACGGAGAUAGUGUUGAUACGAACGAAUCUGAAUCUGACGACGAUAACGAUGGGAACGACGAUGUUGGUGAGAAUGGAAGCGAAGAAAAUGGUGAAGGGGCAAUUGGGAGGGCCGUUCACGAAGAUUGUGUUCCAACUUCUAUGGAUAUUGAUUCAUCCGAAGAAAACAGCCCGGCAAAGGCUGUUUCCGACGACGCUGCGUCUGAUGACCCUAUCGAAGAAGAGUCCUCAACGCAGGCGUCAAACCAUGAUCUUGACGCUCGGCCACCUCCGUCGAAACGUUUGCGUGCCAGCUCGAGGCUUGGUGCAUUAGAAAGCAACGGGGCUGCCAAUUUUGCCUCUAUAUCGAAGGUCAAUGACGCAAAUGAUCGACAUCUUCUGACGAAGAAAUUUAAAGAAGAAGCAACCAUGGUAAAUAGAAAAUGCAUAUCGAUCUCAUGCUACGGGAUCUUAUUGGCACUAAAAAGGCGGGAUCCACUGCUUCACUUUGCGGAACCAGUUGUAGCAGAGGGUUAUAGUGACAUUAUCAAAAAACCGAUGGAUUUUGGUAAAAUAAAGAAGAAUGUACUUCGAAACAAUUACGCAACACUGGGAGCGUUUAUCUCCGACGUCAGGCUGCUGUGCGACAACGCAAUAGCCUUCAACCCACCUGAUUCAAUUUACUCGAAAACUGCCAAGGAGCUUUUGGACGUUUUAGCGGUAAUGCAAAAGCGGGCAAGUGAAUGGAUCAGCACCCUGAAAGAUGCCCAUGCUUCGACCUUCAACAACAUUUUUAAUCCCCAAACGAUCAAGAACAGCGAAUGCGAAGUAAGCAAAAAAUCUUUCCUCGGUGGAGACCCCUUCCAUCGUCUACGAAAGGAAUGGCCAGAAGCUGUGGAGUUGUACGAGGAUAACGAGUGGCUACAAAAAUCUGUGGAAACAGACUUUAUGCGAACAAAAGAAAACGAGAGUGCAUACUACGGUAGUUUGGCAAUUCGACGUGCUGCCAUGGCAGCUGCUAUGUCCCUCGCACCGUACACAGACUCUGAUGGUAUGUAUAAUACUGUUGGAAGAAGAACUCACAUCGAAGACGAGAAUCUCAGAAAUUUUAUUGCGAAAAAGGUGGCCGAGUCAGUCCAUCCGCCUGAAUUGAAGGAGCUCCCAUCGUGGAGAGAAGAGACAAUAAUGCGAGUCCUUCGAAAGUCACAGGCCCGUCGAAUGGAAGGUAAAAUGGGAUCUACGCAUGGAUGUGCUCGCUGUGACGGUGUUCGUGUGGAUCCAGAGUCCAACAAGGCUAUGAAUGUUGUMAAAACACGCUGGGGCAGAACUCGAAAGAAACCAAACGAAGUUCCCCGAAUCCACAAAUCGCGUCUCGGUUUGAGUACGGGUCUAGGAAGCCAAAAUACACAAGAACGAAUUAGACGACACAAGGCAAGCGAUAUUCGAAAAGGACUUCGCAAAGGAUCAAUAUCAGCUUUGGUUGCAGCUGCCGACAAAGUCAACGAAGUUGCAGUUACUGCUCGUGGAAGUCGUAUUCAUGGAAUGGGCCUUUUUGGUAAGUAUUGUCAGUACAAGUUGAUAUUUUUCAGAAAUCUGAUUCGACCUACCAUGGCAUCUAUUUUCCCCUGCAAUUUGCUCUGCUCUAACGUUAUUCAUUCCGUUCAACCAUGCUUUUUUGAAUCUUKUGUUUCUAUUUUAUGGUAAAAAAGCUGAUCAAGCUCUUCAGAAGGGGGAUGUUGUUGCGGAAUACGUCGGAGAAUACGUCAGUCCUGCGGUUACAGAAAAAAGAGAAAAAGGGUAUCAAAAGGAGCGUAUUCAAGACUACCAAUUCCGAAUCGAUUCCCAGCUCGUUAUCGAUGCCACAAAGCAGGGCGGCCACGGCCGCUACGCAAAUCACAACUGCGAUCCGAAUUGUGCCACAAAAAUCAUUCCAUUCAAGUUGGAGGACGAAGCAGUAAAAACUACCAGCAACGGCAACAUUCUGAAGCGUGUUGUGAUCGUUGCACUGCGAGACAUCGAACCAAUGGAGGAAUUGACCUAUGACUAUCAAUUUCCUCUCGAGGUCGAUCUCGAUGAGCGCAUACCCUGCAACUGUAACUCUGAGCUCUGCCGUGGCUUCAUGAAUUGGGAUCUCCCCGAGAAGGGAGCCAGAAACCAGGACUUCCGAACCCAAAAGAGGGGCGCCAAUAUGCGCGAUCGAAUCCGCCGAUUGGGUCGCCCUCUUAAGGGUGAUAAAUAAUAUGGAAUGAGCGAAGCUCGGUUUGUACCGUAGGAUUUCCCUCAAAAGUCUUUAGACCGUGCGGAACCAUGCAACUAAAAAAGAAAUAAUCGUGAUCAACCAACAAGAUCUGUAUAGCAUUGAAUGGGAUUUUUGGUGAUCUGUUUGUUGCGCGAAAAAUAAAAGAAUAGAAAUUUGAAAAUACG